AUGGUGUUGGGUCUGCAGUUGAGUAUAGCCCGGGCCGGUAGUACUAUCAACAUGAAUGUCAUGAAACCCAUAUACGACUGGUUGGGCCACUCGUAUUCCGGGUACCAGCAGUUGGGCGUAGCCUUAAUGUUAGCAUCGGUGGUGGCCGGCUAUGAUCUGGUGAUUGGCAUAGUGUUGGCCAUAAGAGAUACCUGGGCUGAGAAAAAGCUUAAGAUUAAGGAAGCAAAGUCCGAGGACAAGAUUAGCCCCAAAGAUGUAAAAGAGUUUCAUUUGGACUACUGGACCAUUACAGCCAUUAUUAUGUUUUAUUAUAUGACUAUAUUUCCGUUCGUGUCCUUUGGAGUAUUAUUUUUUGCACGAAAAUUCAAAUUCAAUGCAACUGACUCGCGCACAGUUAACAGUAUCGUAUACAUGAUAUCCAUGGGCGCCUCCCCAAUAUUGGGGGCACUGAUGGGCCGGUUGGGUCGCAACUUGAUAUUCGUAUUGAUUGCAGUGCUUAUUACUAUGGGCGCCCACGCUCUCAUGGCGUUUACAUUCCUGACCCCUUGGGUGGGCAUGAGU